UGUAAAAUGACGUGGGUGUUUGUGAAAAAUCCAGAUAUACUAUCAGCCCUCAAGAUCGAUGGACACAACGGGUCGAAACAUUGGCAGAAUUGAAAGGAGGAUUCCGAUGGCAAGAUUCUCUAUUGGCGAAGACGACGAAGAUGCUCCACUUGCCAAUAAACGGGCAAGAUUCUCCGAACCGGCGUCUCAAUCGCAACCGCGAUCUCAGCGGCAAAGAUCGGUUCAGAGAUCGGAAUCGCGAGUCGUGGCGGUGGAGGAGGAUGAGGAAGAGGAAGAUGACUUGUUUCCGAUGUCUCCGAUUGAGGAUGUAGAAUCGGAUUCGCAAGGGUUUGAAGAAGAGGACGAGGAUGAUGAGUUUGAGGGGGAGGGGGAAGUUGGAAGCGAGGAUGAUAGCGGUGGUCAUGCCGAGGGAGAAGCAGUAUCGGAGGGACAAAUUCAUCAGCAACAGAUGACUUCUUCUAUGGCGGCUUCGUCACACCUGGGGUUAGGGAAUCUCGCCGUUGGGCUGAGGAACUGUAAUACUGUUUCCCCUGUGUUUAACAAUGCAAUUGGGGCAUUACAGGUGGUGCUGACCGAUCCAGACGUAUUGGAUUGCCCGAUUUGCCUUGAUCCAUUGUGCACCCCUGUUUUCCAGUGUGAGAAUGGCCAUAUAGCGUGCUCCACAUGCUGCUCCAAGGUGAAGAGAAAAUGCCCUUCUUGCUGCAUGCCAAUUGGCUACAACCGUUGCCGAGCUAUUGAAAAGGUGAUCGAAUCAAUCCGAGUGUCGUGCAAAAAUUCUCGGUAUGGUUGCAAAGAGAUGAUGCCUUACAGCAAGAAGGGCGAGCAUGAACAAAGUUGCCCCCAUGCCACCUGUUUUUGCCCCCACCCAUCAUGCCCAUUUGCCGCUUCUUCCAAAAACCUCUACCUCCACUUUGGCAUCCAGCAUGCAGCUUCCACCACCCGUUUCACCUACAACACCACCUUCACCCUUCGUGUAGAAACACAUCAGAAGCAUGUUCUUCUUCAAGAACAGCACGAAAGUGUCAUAUUUAUUCUGAAUCAUGAAGUUCAAGAACGUGCACGAUCUUUUAAUGUGGAUUGUGUGGGCACAAGCUUGUUAAAAACCGCUUUCAUUUAUCAACUGAGUGCUAAAAGCAUGGAGACAUCUGUGUCGUUGCAAUCUGUACCAGAAAUAUACGCAAAGUGGUCGGAACAUAACCCCAGAAAGAAUUAUUUAACAGUCCCGUCUGAGUUUUCUGGUUACUGUGGGAUUCUGUCUCUAGAUGUCUGCAUAAAGAAAGCUCAAUCCUCCACAUGAACUAUGGCUUGUAUUUCUGUGUUGUUUUCUGAUAUUUUUAGAAAUUAUUUGUUGUAGCAUUUAGUUCCGGUUGAAUAUCGCUGAUGUGGCGUUUGGAUUUCAGUUUCCGGUGUCGGGUUUCUUCUGAUGAAUUGCUUUUCUGAUUUCUUGAAUUUAUCUUGAAUUUGUAGAUGUUUCUGUACAUGCUUUUGUUUUGAUGGUAUCAGAAAUCUAACAGUUGAUUUCA